AGUUGCUUCGUCCAGGUUUAUUAUACAGGCCGUUAGUCUGUGGGUUUGUCGUUGAAUCGCUGGGCGGGAUUGAGUGUGCUCCAGGAUUUAGUGUCCUUCAUUGAAAUGUUUUUUUGUUUUUUUGUUUUUUUUUGCAGAGUAGAAUGAGAGAGUGGAAUAAAAGAAGUUAUAUCCGAGAAAAAUUCUCAAAAAAAAUUCGGUCAAGGUACGUAAAUAUACAUUUGCACAGUUCAUACCUAACAGGAAGACGCGACACAUUUCCAAAAAUCUACUUUACUCUCAUGUUUUCUACUUUACCACUAUGCUGGAAUGCAACCUUUUCCUUCCAUGGUUGCCUAGCAACUACUUGUUUUUGUUUUGUCAAACAUAUUUAAAUUAAUGUUAGUUCGAUCAUUAGUCCACCACUGAAGCUACCGUUUUAAAGAUUUAGUUCCCAGUCUGUUUAAAGUUAUUCACCAUGUCUAAUGUCAAGUAUCCACUGGAAAGCAUCUACAAUCUUCUUCCAAAGGAAAUUCGUACUGAAGAACAGCCAAGGUAUGUGUCCAAGUUCAGACCAACUGUUGUUCAGGAGAGCAAGUUAACCAAGGAUGCAAUGAGAACGAUGGGACCAGCAAAAGUAGAACUGCCAUCUCCAGAUAAAUACCUCAAGAAGCCUUCAAAAGAGUCCAAACCUCUUGAAGUGACAGAGUGCUCCAAAGAUGCUCAUAAAACCUACACCUGCACUGAGAAGAAACCACCAGUUCCUUCAAGGACUGACAACCCACUCAUUCACACCAAGAGGGACUUUAUAAAGACAGCUACUGCGGUGCCAAAGAAGCAACAACCUAUGUGGGUGGACACCAACACGGGACACAAGCAGCCUCUUGAAAACUCAGGACUUGUCCCAAAGUACAUAAAGAAAAAGGAUUAUGGUAAAGUACCUGCAUACCUACAGCAGCGCAAUGAGGAAAAGCUGAGGGCUGAGGAGGAGUACAGCAAGUUUGUACAAGAACAGAGGGAACAGAGAGCUCCAAGACGUCUGCUGGACGAGGAGCGACUAGCCGUCCUGAAGAACCUGAAGAAAGACUGGGAUAAGGUGCAUCAUGAGUAUCAGAGCCUCCCCUUCAUCAUCGACACCAUGUCACAGAAAGCUUACAAGGUCCAGCUUGAAGAGGAAAUGAAGCACCUGGAGAAGGACAUUAGCCUCUUUGAGAGCUUCAAAACCUUCUACAUAUCCCAAGAUUAGAGCAUUAAAUUCUCAUAAGUGAUCAAUUUUUUUUUAGAAAUAUUCAAAUUAUAACUUCUUUCGAUCCUGCUCUACAUGUGCAUUUUUUUAUUGCAAAAAAAAAGAUACUGUAGGCAUUAAAGAGUAUCAUUUCAAUUGUAAACCAAGUAUUUGUUGCUAUUUUUUUUACAUUCCCCUACAGUGGCCUGUGAUGCAGCCACAAGCCAGCAUAGCAUCACAUGAAGCUGAUUAUCCACGUAAAUCUCUGCGACCAAAACAACUGAAGCGUGAUCCCACAGUAUAUGUGGCUGGACAGGACGUCUCCAGAUAUCCUUCAUGUCUUUUCUCCAUCUUGGUUUUGUUAGUGGCACUGAAACGAACGCAACAGAACAGUAAGUGAUGUUUUGGGAUUUACAGAUUAGAAAUGUUGCUCAUUGGAUUACUGUAGUUCACAUGAACAGAGAGAAGGUAGCUCUAGUUUAACAUAACGUUGCUAUGGCGCCAUGUGGAGCAGCUAUAAAAUACGGCAGCAACCAUCCACUUCACAACCACCACCGCAGCCUCCACAGGUACUUAUUUUUUCUUCUAUUAUGAAAAAGGAAUGACUUAUGACAUUUCUGGUGAUGAUGAUUUUCAAUAGUUUUCACCUGUGGAGCCUUUUGGAUCAAGAUGCCAACAGCACCACUGCUACUGUAUUUGUGGAAGUGAACCGGUACCUGGCUGAUCCUGGAAAGAACUGCAGAGCCGCUCACAUACUGGGCCACUAACAAAACUGUUUACCCAAACCUGUAUGAAGUAGCCAAACAUUUCCUGUCUACCCAGCCUCAUCUGUGCCGUGUGAAGGUUUUUUUUCCAAGGCUGGGGAAAUAGUCUCUAAAAGAAGAAACCGCUUGAGUCUGAAAACUAUGGACAAAAUCUUAUUUCUUCAUAAAAACUCAUAACCCACUGCUUGUUUUUCAAGCAGACCCUCUUUACCCAUGCACCCAUGCACCUCUUUACCAACAAAACCUAAAACAUACUUUGCCCUUAUCCAUAAUAUAAUCUGUAUUUGCACCAGCCCCAUGUGAAAAUGACAUCAGUCUGUAUUUGUAGAGCACAUCUCAUGAAUGUAGCAGCACCAUUUAAAUGUUUCAUAACACAAUAAGUAAAGAAUAUAUAAGGUUACAGACAUGCCAAAUGAGAAACACGAGUAUCUAUUGUCAUUAUUAUUACUACUAAUAUUAUUAUCGUUAUUGUAUCCACUACAAACCCUACAAUUAUCUAGUCGAAGAGGAAUGUGCAUGGUCAAUCAAAUCCAAAACAAUCCAUGAACCAAUCAAUAACACGUCCUACUCGAGCGCUGUGUCAUUGAAGCCUCGAGUAACGAACUGUGUUUUUAAUAAAUUGUCAAAGCUUUAACAGUCUCAGCCAUCAGCACUAAAUACAGUCCUUACCUUCCACCACUGAAAGGCCCCAUAGUUUAAGCUGUAGAUUCUGCAAAUGCAACACAUUCAAUGAGUCUGUAAAUACAAAAACUGCUAAGUUUGUUUCCGACUAGAAUUUAGUGUGUAAAACGCUAUAACAGUAUGAAACUAAAUCCAACAAAAAUCUACUUCCCACUAUGGUUUAUCAGUUCAACCCUGUUAUCAGUAAUGUUAAUCACUAUGAUAUAAGAGUAUUUAGUCCAACUGGACAACUAGCUGGUACUAAAAUGAUACUCAGAAACAUGACAUUGAAUAAAGCUUUCUUUUCCUGCUAUAUGCAUAAACAGACACGUGGUUCUAACAAAUCAGCCAGAAACAACUUCUGUGUUCAAGUGUUGUGUCUGUAGCUUGUUGGAUCAUUCUAAGAACCUCAACACAAAGUUAACACA